UGUGAUAAUUAUAAAUCAUUUCUUUUAAUUUAAUUUAUUAAUUACCUAAGUGAUCUUAACGUUAACAAUCAAAAUGACCGAGCAGAUGAAGUUUAUUGUGAAGGAAAUUAAUUCUACUUUAGGUAGAAACUAUGAUUUGAUCAAAUUCGAUUCUUUGGAUGAAAAGCAACUCCUGCAGCUGCUGGUCGAUUUGUUGGUUAAUUUCAAAGCUGGUGACAAAUUGGACGUUCGCGAAGAUGAAACGGAGAUGAUAUCGGUACGUCUAUUGGAGAUGUUGGGCAGUGUGAAGUAUCGUCCGCCGGCGACUGUGGAUUCCUCACAGUUUAGAGUGCAGUUGCUCGCCGGCGAUCCUAGGACAAUCCACCAUGUCAUGCAUUGGCUACUCACUAACAAGGAACAAGUUAAGAAGACCGCUUAUCUUGCUAAAUAUUUAAAGGUACCUGACAUUCCUCCCGAUGUAAUCCAGAACAACACUAUACAAGAUCUUUUGGACUUGUAUCAGAAUUUGAUGGACGAAUUCAAAGAAGUUCAUAAAAGAACAAGACUUUUGGAAAAGGAAAAUGCUACCGAGAUUAUCAAUGAUAUUAAGGAAAUGGCAGUAGAACGGGAUAUAGUGAUUAAACGGUUAGAAAACGUCCAAGUUCACCUGGUAGAUGUAAAUAAUAAGGAGGAAUUGUUAAGCUAUAGUAAAGCUUUGAGGUUACAACAAGAGAGAGCGAAGGAAUUAGAAAAUCAGUAUGAAAUGCAACAGUCGCAACUAAAACUAUCAUCGGAUCAGUUGAAGAGAUAUUUGAACGUAAUUCAUGGACAAAGUGCAACUCCAAAAUCUGUUAAUGACGUGAUCAAACGUUUGCAAGAAGAAAUACAGCUGAAUAGUUAUCUAGUUAAAGAAAAGUUGCCACAGGAAAGUGCUCAGCUGCAAAAAGAGCUUAACAUAAUGCAAACGGUAGCUAUGGAGCAACAUCCGACGCGGUCUGACAUCGUUGGUGUGCAAGAUAAGCUAUCAGCGGUAAACAGCGAAGUGGAACAGAUGGUGCAGCGUCGGCUGGCCGCGGCGGGUCCGCAAGACGACAAGCUGGCACCGUUCCGGCAGCAAGCAGCUGUCAUCAGGCGCAACAAGGAGGCGAGCGCCGACCGCGUUAAUGACCUCACUGCAACUCUCAAGGAGCACGAGGCGGUGCUGGCCGAUUUGCAGUCGCAAGUGAAGCAACUUCUAGGAGAUAUGGUAUUGAGAGGAGAGGAAUUAAAGAAAUACGUGAGUUCGUUACGGACGAAGAGCUCUUUGUACAAGCGGCAGCGAGCUAACUUGGCCACAUUUAAGGUGGAAGCUGGAAUCCUAUCAAGAACGUUACAUAUACUCAACACCGCAGACCCAACUAUUGAAAUGGCAUUGGUAAAUCACAAAAAAAUGAAAAUAGAUGAAGACGAUUUGAUAGAAAAAGACAAGAACAAACCUUCAGAGAUUGCAAAAAAAUCGUUACAUGACUUAUCACAGAUCGUAGCACAAACCGCUCAAAAGUUGUCAGAAAUGCGUCAAGAGAUACAACCGCUUGCAGAAAAGAUUAAACCAAUAAAAGAUGAAUAUCAAACGGUACAGCAGCAAUACGAACAGAAGAAAAGAAUAUACGAAGCGACGUCAAUCAACAUUACGUCCCAGAUGGAGCCUUUGAAGAGUCAAGUGAAAGAGCUGACUGACAAGUUGAAUAGUAAGGAGCUCGAGUGGAAAAAUCUGCGGCAGAAAAUAACAAAAGCCGAAAGCUUACAAGAGGACGUGAUGUUUGAAAUGAAAAAUGCAAUGCAGUCGCCGCGUAAACCCUCUAAAAUGGAAACGUUGAAAAAGAGAGUAAAAGAUUUGGAGGAAAUAGUGAAAAAUUUAGAAGAGGAGCAACGUGAGAUCAGUUCCCGGCAGGGGGAGGUGGAGGAGCAGAGCCGGCUGUGGGAGGGCACGCUACGCUUACUGCGCUGCAAGCUGCAGGCCCGCGCGCACAGCGCCGCGCACGGCAAGAUGCAUAUCACACAACAUUCACAAAUGCUCACACUUAAUUAAUUAUCUUUUAUUACCGACUUAAUCAGAGAAGACAAAUGAUCACAAACUGCCAUUCUCUAAAUCGUGUAGUCGGGGAGUCCUUUAGUCAACCUAACGAGAUAACUAAUAUUAACAAUAACUGACACCGAAGAAGUCUUUAAGACCGCAAUAAGGCGGUGGAAGUCCCUUAAGUAUAGAUUUGUUUGCUAAAGGACUAUUUAAAGUUAUAUAUUAGUCAGAUCUUAUACGAUCAUGGAUAAAAUUAAUGAUGAGUUGACAAAUCUUGAUUGUUAAAACGUUUGUCUUCAUUUUGCUUGCGAUUUAUUUGCUGCAAUGUUGGUAGUCUAUUAUGACGAUGAAUUUAAUUAUUUCAAUAAAUGCACGUUAUGCUACAACUCAGUAAUAAAAAAAAAUAUUUCAUUGAUUUGUUUAAAAACCAUUGGAUAAUCCAAUCCAAACUGAAAGGAACGUGAAGUGUGAUGAUUUGAUUAGACCUAUACGGUCGUUUCAAUGUCGAGGGUACCCUAUUCUGGGUUUGAAUUUCGGGAAAUAUUCAAUUAGGAUCAAAAGGUACAGUAUCUACAUACACAGUGAAUAUUAUAUUACAAUGUUUCCUUUUCAAAUUGCGAUCCAAUUUGUUAUUUAAAUCUAUCUAUACUAACAGCCGGCGAUGUUUUAAGCUGUGACCUUUGUCGACCCCAACGCAAAAUGAUUGAGACAAUAC